CCUCCUCUUCCUUCCCUCCCAGGCCUCGACGGGUCCCUGAACCGGGGCCAAGCCGAUCCUGGUGCUGUCCCCGUCCCCCCGCAGCCCCCCGGCCGCCCGGCUCAGACCUAUCUGGACGAGCUCGUCAGCAUCCCCAAAGGCAGCGGGCCUGGCUUCAGCCUCAGGAAGCUCUGGGCUUUCACGGGUCCCGGCUUCCUGAUGAGCAUCGCCUACCUGGACCCGGGCAACGUGGAGUCGGACCUGCAGUGCGGGGCCGUGGCCGGCUUCAAGCUGCUGUGGGUGCUGCUGUGGGCCACGGUCCUGGGGCUGCUGUGCCAGCGCCUGGCCAUCCGGCUGGGCGUCGUGACGGGCAAGGACCUGGGCGAGAUCUGCUACCUCUAUUACCCCAAGGUGCCCCGCGUGCUGCUGUGGCUCACGAUGGAGGUGGCCAUCAUCGGCUCGGACAUGCAGGAGGUGAUCGGGACGGCCAUCGCCUUCAGCCUGCUCUCGGCCGGCCGGUAACCCCCCC